AGGGUUUGGUUCUGUCACCGGCUUCCGCUUCGAACCCGCGGCCGAGUCAGUGCGGCUUCGGGCGGCGAGGAAGAAGGUUGGGCGAGUGAUCUUUCUGCUGGGAGUUUAGUCUUUGCAUGAAACCAGCAUCCAUCUCGCGGAAGAAACCGAAUUUGCAAAGAAGGGCGAGAAGACACACAGGAAACGAACCAUAGAAGAGAAGAGUGAAGAGCGAAAACCGAGAAAAGAAAGAAGAGACAGAGAGAGAGAGAAAGAAGCGACCGCGAGAUGGCUCCUGACUGCCAGGACGUAGGUCGUGACAUGACCUCUGACCACAUGACCUUCGGCGAUGGCGACAACCCCGCUUUCCUUAACCGUGUGCUCGCUCUGCCGGCACUCAAUGACGCCUGCAACUUGGCCUUCACUGCCUACGCCACGGCCAAGGACAAACACCAGUACGUGGGCGUCGUCCUGCGUACCGCCGAGAUGGGCGUGCGGGCGGCUGCCUCCACAGCGACGCCCAUCGUGGACCGCGUUGUGGGCUGGGACACCGUGGACAAGUGGGCGUGUCGGGGGUUGGACCGAGUGGAACAGGCGGCGCCCAUUAUCACCAAGCCGACCAAUGAGAUCGUCACCACGACCCGCCACCUUCUGCUGGGCGCCCUCGCAGGGGAACUCGCCGCCCCGCCGCCCACGCUCACUGCCGCCCUCACCACCCGGGCCACACACACGGUCGACUGCGUAGCGGACACCAAGGGCGGACGCAAGGCAGUGGAUCUGGCAGUGUGCGUGGCUGACCGACUGCUCGACACGGGCCACUCGCUAAUCGACACUUACGCCCCAGCCGAGGAGGGGGACCUGCACGAGACGGACGAGCGUGACGGCGGAUUGGCUAACAAGGGAACCGCCCUGGCCAAUAGGGUUGGACGACGGUUGGUACGCUCAGCCAAUCGCAUGAUUUUGAACGAUCCCGAUGCCGAUGAUAUGGACGUUGUCUCCACCGUCCAGCGUUUGGUGGACUUGGGUCGGAGGUCACUUCUUAGCUGGUACUCGGAUGUCAGUAGUAUGUCAGGAGGCCAGCUGAUGAUGGGUAGCGUCAGCGUAACACUCAGUGCUGGCAAAGCUGGCUUCUGCACCACCCAGAAUCUGGUUGUUAAGGGCAUAGGGAAGACACGAGACAUUGUAUGGGGUAAUGUAGCUUCUCUUCAUGGGAUGGUCGUGGGAAGCGCUCACAGUGCAGUGACCCGGGCAGUGGGUAGUGCGAACAGCGUACAGAGCUUGGUGGUAGGUGGUAUGAAUACAACACAGAGUUUGGUCAUGACUAGUGUUAGCAUUUCACUUAGGCUUGUUAAAGAUAGUGUCAGUGCUACACACAGUCUUGCAAAGGGUGGCGUACACAAAACACAGACUGUGAUGAAAGGAACCAUCGACGUGUCACAGAGUCUAGUAAGGGGCAGUGUGAACACGGCACAGAAUCUGAUGAAGGGUAGCAUAUACACAGCGCAGAAAAUGGUAAAGGGAAGUGUUAAGACAACACAGUAUAUGGUGGUAGAAGGGAAAAACUCAGCACAGAGCAUGGUAAUGGGUGGUGUUAGAUUAACAAAGAACCUAAUGAUUAGUGGUGUAGGGAUUACGCAUAAAGUAAUGAAGAGGGGCCUUGUGGUAGGCCAAGGAGUUGCAAACGAGGGAUGGGAACUUGCUCAUAGAGGGCUCCAGGUUAGCAUGGGCGUGGUACUCACUACUCUCAGUGCCCUUUCAACUUUGGGCGCAAAGUCUGCGGAGCAAAUGUCUGCCGUAGUUCCAGCGUCCAUCACCGGCACUGCCCGCGCCCUCUACGACUACCUCCAGUCAAGACUGACGCCCAUUCACCAAGCCCUGGAAUAUGGCUGCAACGCCCCUGGUGAGAUGUGGAGCAAGGUGGCGGAACUGCCGGAGAGCAGGAUAGCGUCCCGCGCACAGGAGUGGGCGGCAGAGACCUUGAAGGCAGCCACGACAGUAAUCAAACAGACAGCAGGAGGAGAUGUUAAGAAGACAGUACGUGUUCUAACAUCUUCAGUGAUCCCAGCUAGUAGUUCCAUAUCCUCGCAGCUGUCAGGUCCAAACGGCCUUGUGUCCUACCCUGAACCUUUGUUAGAAUGUGAGAAAGCUCUCUGGAAUACCAGUGACACAGCAGAACCUAACCGGCCCGAAAAGUUGUGUAAGCAAGAGGACAGUCAGAGGUCGGACUCCAACUACAGUCCCUCAGAACUGCUCUCUGCCUCAGCCUGUGCUUCAGCUGGCCGUUUCCCUAAUCCUGCCGCGCUCUGCACAGACAUGCUUUCCUCGCCUGCUCCCGGUCUUGGCCUGCCUCAAAGUCCACCCAUGUCCCCUUGUGAUGCAUCCGCUGAUACGGUGCUUAAUGCCCUAUCUCCUGACCAUGAAAGCCCUCGCGGCCCCAAGUGCCAUCCGAACUCUCGCCAGCCUUGCGCCGACGCCCUGUGCGACCCCCACAGUAGGUCUGCCAAAGGCGUCGGCCUUGUCCUCAGCCUGACAAGUCCAGUAAGAAGAGUUGACUUAGAAGCCGUUUACCCUGAUGUGAUGGGGACUUCUGAAAGUAUCAGUGAUAAUGGCCCUGUCUCCCCAGGGGAUGAAAAAAGUGUUCCAGGUGCUUCUACAUCACCAACAACUGUCAAGGUCUCUCUGAUGUCUUCUUCAAGUAUAGGGAUCACAACCAGUCUCACAACACCGGUGCGGUAUGUGGAUGUGGAAGCUGCCUGCUGCUGCAUUGACACGUUUGGAAAUGUCGGUGAACCUUGCAUGGAGGUAGACCUUCUCGAGGGAGCUCCCUCACCAGAUACACAGGAGGCUGAGUAUGAUGCUUCUCUGUGGAUGGAAAACCUCGUUUCUGGCGAGUGGCAACGCUUAAGAAAUUUACACGGAGCAUCUGACAACAAAAAACAGAACCAGUGUAUUCUUACAAAAAAGAUAGAGAACUCGGUUAACCCUGCAGCUUUGAGUGGAUCUCAGACCUUUCUCUAUCCUGAUCCUUGUGUUGGAAGUAAAGUUAAUGCGCGAGAAAAUGAGGGAAAGGAAGACAGACAGACAGACCUCGUUGUGGCAGAUCACUUCCCCGGAAGAAACCAGUCCCCUGCUGGGUCCCUGAAGGAUAUUCCACAUGCUGGGGCCAGGGCAGACCGCCUACUAGGGGGAGUCUUUGAAAGUAUACAUCCCGAGACCGCAAGAGACGUCUUUCAAGGAAAGGCUUUGGCAGACUCCUUCCCCGCAACAGCCAGGGAAAGCCCCUUCCUUGCUGGGACUUUAGCGGACACCUUCCCUACAGUAGCUCUCACGGACUCCAUGCCCAUGGUAACGUUGUCAGACACUCCCGGAAGCGUGUCCUCGGGUUACAGCUCGGAGACCAGCUACUCCCCCGCCUGCUGGUGGGCGAGGCCUCCGCGCUUGCAGGACUCGAGUGACGUCGCAGGGGCCUUUGGCGGCGACUCCGGCGGAGACUUAAUGGACCCUCACGAGCGCCACCACCUGAUCAAUACCCGCCGAGCCCUGGGAGAGCGCCUGGAAGGACUAGGCUGGAGCACUGCGUGGAGUCCUGCGGAAUACCCGGAGGUUUACGAGGGCCCUGGGGCCGGGGCGAGCACAUUGCCCAGGAAAAGGAAGGGAAGGCGAGGGCGAAGGAACAGGUGGUGGUGAGUAUGCCAAGAAAUGCAUUACAGUAAAGGCUGUCGUUGGGGAACCUGGGUUCACUUAGUGGAGAGAUAUCCGAGUUUUGUUAUCUGUAUAUACACAUAUAUAUGUUAAAACUUUAUUACAAAGAUACACAAUAUAUAUAUAUAAAGCUUCACUCAAAUUACGUAGUGAAAUUGGUAACAAUGUUAAGUAGUUGAGGCUACUCGGUAAUAAAGUACAAGCCAGUGUUACCGGAAAUUUCAGCUAGGCAGGAAUUAUCACGUGUGCAUGCAAAGACCAUACAUACUGUAGAUUGUUCCUUUUCGUAUAUAUUUUAUAUAAUGUAUAAGUGUAUAUAUAAAGAUAUCAAGGUCGCUGUACUACAUCCUUUGUGUAUGUCAUUCUCUGCAAUAACCAUAAUCAUAUUGUUAUCGGUUGAAAGUAUGGGUACGAGAUUUGUUAAUGAGAAUUAAAAUGUAUGUUUAUAAAA